CGUCAACCGCUUAUCCUGCAUACAGGGUCGCGGGGAUAAUAUUCAUAACCGUCUACAAACUCUGACAGACUGAAUACUUUUUGCUUUUGUUUCAUGCAACAUUUUUAUUGGAUUGUUUUUCGGACUUUCUUUUAUCCCUAUUAUUCUUUAGUAAUGCACAUUUAAAUUUACAGUACUUUCUAGCUUUAAGUUGACCAUAGAAGGGGCCAAGGUUCUGCUUAUGUUUUAUGUGGAAGUGAAUGUGGUUCCUACAACAUCAAGAUAAGAUUAUUUUAUCCAUCCCAUGCAGGGAAGUGUCAAAGCAGCAGAAUAACAAGAAUAUAAGCAGAUUUUUAUUAAGUGAAUAUACUGUAUGCUAUAUAUUUACUUUAUAUAAAUGAAAAUAACUAUUCAGAAUUUCUGAUGAAUCAUCAGAAUUGUGAUUCAGGCCUGCAAACAUUUACUUUAACUGUAUUUGGUAAAUACUUUUAUUAAUUUUUUGUUUGAAUGAAACUUUUAUUUCCAAGGAAGACUAUAAGUCUCAAUUUCAUAGUCUAGAUAGGAAUAUUGUGUAAGUGUGUGUGUGAAUAAAUAGUGUAAGUGUGCGUGUGUGUAUGUGUGAGUGUGUGAGUGUGUGUCAGCAAAGGGUAUAAAACACACUUCAAAGUAGAACAGCUCCAUAACUUCCCGCUAGCCCUGUGGGUGCAACAUCAACAGGCCACCAAAACCUUAAACCAACCAUGAAUGACGUUGGGGACUAUGACUUUAACGAAAAUAUGCCGGACUUUAACAUGUCUGAUUAUAAUUACACACUGCCUGAGAUUCCUCACACUUUGGCCCUCGAGAUUCAACCGAUCCAGAUAGCGGCUCUGGUUUUCUACGGCCUUGUGGUCCUGCUGGGUGUGCCUGGAAAUGCGCUGGUGGUGUGGGUGACGGGCUUCUGCAUGCAACGCUCUGUCACUUCCCUCUGGUUUCUCAACCUCGCCCUGGCUGAUCUUCUGUGCUGCCUCUCCCUCCCCUUGCUCAUGGUCCCUCUAGCCCACGAUGACCACUGGCACUUUGGCCCGCUGGCCUGCACAAUGGUCAAAGGCCUGUUUUACCUGGUGAUGUACUGCAGUGUCCUGCAGCUGGUUUUGAUCAGUGUGGAUCGCUGGAUGCUGGUCAGCAAACCCGUGUGGUGUCAGAACCGCAGGCGACCUAAGCAGGCUGCGUGCACGUGCGUUGCUGUCUGGUGCCUGGCCCUAAUUGGCAGCAUCCCCCAGUUUGUCUACACCAAGGAGAUCGAGGCAGGUGCAGACAAGCGAGAGUGCGUGGCAAGGUACACUGUAGUCUCUGCCUGGCUCGUCACCUGCUUUCGCUUCUUCGUGGGAUUCUUCCUCCCAUUCCUGGUGAUUGUAGUCUGUCACUUGGUGGUGUACAUGAGGGCCGAGAGAGGACUGACCCGUGGACGGACCCGCUCCAAGAGAACAGUGAGGGUCAUCCUAGCAGUGGUGCUGAGCUUCUUCCUGUGCUGGCUCCCGCUACACAUUGUUGACUUCCUCAUAUUGGUGACCCCUCGAAAUUCCGCUCACAGCCCUGCAGUUUACCAGGCACACGUACUGACACUCUGCCUGGCGUAUUUCAACAGUUGCCUCAACCCACUGCUCUAUGUGUGUCUGGGCAGGGGCUUCAAAGACAGCAUGAACCGCUCCCUGCGCAACAUGCUCCACUUCAUCAGCGAGGAUCCUACGACCAGAGUGAGCAUCACUAAUACCGAAACCAAGAGCACAAGCAAUGGAAAGGAGAUGACUAAAAUCUGAGGGCAUAUUGACUUUGAUACACUGUGUCACUGAAUGAUGUUCUUUUUAAAAGAUUUCAGCUUCUCAAAUGUGAAUAUUUUCUGGUUUCUUUACUCUUCUAUGACAGUAAACUGAAUAUAUUUGGGUGGUGGAAAAAAGAAGAUAUUUGAGGACGUUGCCUUGGCCUUUAAGGAACUAUGAUCGACAAUUUUCACAAUUGUUUUGGUCAUAUACAUGUCAAUACAUGUUAGGUCCAAAACAAUGUUAGGUUAAUACAUUAAAAUAAUUGUUAGGUGCAGCCCUAGUUGCAUGUCAGGACUGGGUCAGGAUCAGGAACUAUUGGUCAAUCGGCAGUAUUUCCUGUGAACAUUUGCGUCUCAGGCAACAAAACGCUUAACACUUCCGUUUUUUGUUCUUACAAAAGGGCAAUCUGAGACUGCGUUUCUAUGUAUUUCUGGUCCUCAUUAAGAGGAAUAUAUAAAUGGUUUUAUCUAUGUACUCUUUGUGUGUUGUAAUUCAAGUUUGUUGCAGUGAGAUACUAAGCAUACUGAUCAUUAACAUUAUUUUAUUCUAUCUACAAUUAAUUAUUAAUUCUCGUAACACACAUACACACCAAUAUGAUUACCUCAUGGUACAGUAACUUUACCAUUUACCAUGCACAGUCACAUCCUCUUGUGUAACAGGAAUAUAGGCUACAUAGACCACAAGAGGGAGCUACAUUCUAAAUAUCUCAUGCUCAAUGGCCAAAGUGCAUGGUGAGUUCUUGGCUGAUUGUUAUAUUGUGACAGACCCUAAAGACAAUUGGUACGAUUUGAGAAGACAUUGAACAGGUAAUCAGCUUAAGUGAUGUUUGUAGGUUUGUCAAAUAAAUGCAAUUCAGACAAAUGCACUUCUACAGAAGUUUAUGAAAUGUAAAUUCAUAAAAAAUUUCUAAUACACAAUGUUUUAAUGAUCUUGUUGUACCAGGGCCAUGCAUUUAAGAAUAAACAAAACAAUAAAAAUGUGUAAA